ACAGGUGUUGUGUAUAACUCCGCUUCCUCAUCGGGAUAGGUUGGGGGAAAUAAAGCUCAUACAUCUGUCAAAUUCAUACUGCUGAUUUGUUUACUCACAACAAGUAAGCCCUGUGUAUAUUUUAGCCUGCUAUCCCUAAAUUUAUCAAUCAUAGUAGAGGGAACGCAUCCCGACAGCUGUUAAUGAUACCACAACAUUGGAAUAUCGUUGGGAACAAGGGAUAGAGUGGCAAAUAUUAUAUAUUUAAAUACUGAAUUCUUGAAUAUAUCCUUAAAUUAAUAACAAGUUAACUUUUAUUUUGUCAUUCUCUAUUCUCUGCGGUAGAGUGGUAUGCCGCUAGGCGUCGGGACGCAGUUUUAUGACGUAGAACGGACGCGCCGUACUGAUAGCUCCACGAGGGUAUAUGGAUUACAGCGCUCUUGAAUAUAAGGCAGAAAUAUCUAUACUGUUCAUGGGUUUGCGUUUGGUAACAACCACCCUAAUAGUUUAGGUUAUUGUGAUAAUUUUCGACUAAUUCAGAAUGGCAGCGUUUGCGUCUCUUGGCCUGUCCGAGUGGCUAGUUGAUCAGUGUAAACAGAUGGGUAUCACCCGACCGACCCCGGUGCAAGAAAAUUGCAUGCCAGCUAUUUUGGAAGGUCGAGACUGUAUGGGCUGUGCAAAAACUGGAAGCGGAAAAACAGCAGCAUUUGUGCUUCCGGUGCUGCAGAAGUUAUCUGAAGAUCCCUACGGCAUCUUCUGUUUGGUGUUAACGCCUACAAGGGAACUGGCUUAUCAGAUAGCUGAACAGUUUAGAGCUUUGGGAAAGCCUCUGGGACUGAGAGACUGUAUCAUUGUUGGAGGAAUGGACAUGGUGACUCAGGGUUUGGAGCUUUCCAAAAAGCCCCACGUUGUUGUCGCUACACCUGGGAGAUUAGCAGAUCACAUUCGAAGUUCGGACACGUUUGAUAUGAAGAGACUCCGAUUCCUGAUCCUGGAUGAGGCAGAUCGUUUGCUGGAGCAGGGCUGCACAGAUUUCACUAAGGACCUAGAAGUUAUUCUCAGUAUUGUACCGGCGAAACGGCAAACGCUGCUUUUCAGUGCGACGCUGACAGACACGCUGCAGGAACUCAAGAGCAUUGCUAUGAACAAGCCUUUCUUCUGGGAGCACAAAUCCGAAGUGCGAACAGUGGAAGAGCUAGACCAGCGAUACAUCUUAACGCCCGAGAAAGUCAAAGAUGCGUACCUGGUGAAUCUUAUCCAAAAAUUCCAAGAUGAACACGAUGACUGGUCUAUCAUGGUUUUCACCAACACAUGCAAAAAUUGCCAAAUACUCACAAUGAUGCUUCGGGAGUUCAAAUUUCCUACCAUCGCCUUGCAUUCCAUGAUGAAACAGAAACAACGCUUUGCGAACCUUGCCAAGUUCAAAUCCAAUAUCUUCAAGAUCCUCAUAGCUACAGAUGUAGCUGCCAGGGGCUUGGAUAUACCUACAGUGCAGGUUGUCAUCAAUCAUAAUACCCCCGGGUUGCCAAAAAACUACAUUCACAGAGUAGGCAGAACUGCACGUGCAGGAAGAAAUGGUGUUUCCAUUACACUGGUCACACAGUACGACAUUCAUUUGAUCAGUGCUAUUGAGGAGCAGAUCCAGGCCAAGCUGAAGGAGUAUCCAGUUCAAGAGAAAGAGGUGCUGAAGAUUCUUACCCAAGUCAACGUGACGAGACGACAGUGUGAGAUUAAACUGGAAGCAACAGAUUUUGAUGAGAAAAAGGAAAUCAACAAAAGGAAGCAAAUGAUUCUUGAAGGGAAAGACCCUGAUUUGGAAGAGAAGAGGAAGAAUGAGCUUGCCAAAAUAAAAAGAGAAAAAACGAAAUUCAAGGGAAGAAUUCAGGAAGCCAUCCAGAAGAAGAAAGGAAAGAUGCUGAAAAAAAGAGCGACGUGUAAAACAGCUCCAAGCCAAACUGUUCCAGGACCCUCAUAAGUUUUUGUUUUAUAAAUUGACUGUACAAUCUCUUUUAUAUAUAUAUAUAUAUCAUAAUAAUAAACUAAUACAUAUAAUUUCA